AUGUUCAUUUCCAGCAUCCCGCACGCUGUCACUCCUUUCGCCCACCAGUAAAGUCGCGCCUCACUUUUCCCCGAGUAUCCGGCCCAUUUUGACGCGAGCAGACCCGAAAGGCGACGCGAGGGAGCUAUGGCGCCGCGAGAUUGAAGCUGAUUCGGCAGCAGCAACGGAUUUUGAGGCGGUAGAUGCCGAAACAGUGAGGGAGGAGGCGCAACGGUUGACACGUAAGCAGGUCAUGGAGCGGCUCGACAAGGCGAGCUAUCAGGAGCUUCGCGAGCUGCAGGAGAGCGGUUACGACUCCGAUGGCGGCAGCACGCGGCCCGGCGGUGGUGGGAAGAGCGCGGAAAGUGGAGGGAUUGUGUGGAAGGAGGUGGUGGAUAAGAUUUUGGUGGCGGACUUCUUUUUAAUCACCAUCGCUCUUGUCUGGUUUCUAACGGGUGUGCUGCAGCGGUCUAUCUCGAAUGACGACGGCCUGCUACUAGCGUGGUUGAAGCUCUGGGACCCCUUGUUCCAACCGGCCAUAGGCGUGUUCAUGGGCUCUGCCGUGUUACAGGCCGUGCUUAAGAAAAGAAACUAG